CCAAAUAUGUCGAGGCUUUGUCUUGAUUGCAAUCUAACAUGGUGUGAUUUACAAUAUGCGCAAUGAACGCCGCAUGGGGUUUGCUGGCGGUUUUCAGUCUGGUGUGUCGCGUUGAGUCGAGGUGCUCGCCGACCUCCUAUUAUAAGAACUGCUGGAUUAGACGGUUCCCGGGGAUUUUCAUCGAUAUUGAGGAGUCUCAGAGGAGAGGAGCGCAGCUUUUGAAGCAUUAUCAAGAAGAGACCGCGCUGAAAUGCAGCCGCACCUGUUGCCUUACCAGAAACUUUUCCUGUAAUCUGGCUAUAUUCCACUAUGAUACCACUCAAGAAAUCUUGAACUGCUUUCACCUCCACUGUCCGACUCUGGAGAGCUGCAUUCUGAGUCACAGAGACAACGUUGUUCUCUACAAUAUCACAAAGGGUGUGGAUCCUGAUCUGUUGGUGUUUGGAAAAUACUUCACCUCUAACGUGCGUGUGUUACCCCACCACUACAGCCGCAAUAACGCCUCAGAGCCAUUGCUGUCAGACAAGCGCCAAUUUAUUCAUCCACCUCCGCUCGUUAAACCCUCCACUACAGCAGGUAGAGUUCAUGCCACCACAGAGGCCUCUGUCAUUGCCACCACAGCACUGCAGAGCACCGGUCAGCCUUUAGCAGGUUCCACGACUACGACUGCUGUGCCUUCCACUGAAAAAACUCCCCCAUCUUCAAAAAAAUAUACACAAACAACAGCCGCAGUUGUCUCCACCACUUCUCUUCCAGAUAGCAUUACUCCAUCUCCUUCAUUCACCACAGUUAGCACUCUGGGCCAUUACAAUUCCAAGAUUCUGUCUGCUUUUUCUACCACAAGUCCACAAUCCCCAGUAUCCACCCCUACCCGUCAUCCCACCGCCACUUUCUCUCAGUUGGCCAGCAGCCCUCCAACUUCUGCAGCUCUUAUAAGCUACACAGAAAGCAGCAAGCUGUAUCUAAAUGAGACCAAGGGCAACCAUGGGAGGAACCACACAGUAAGCAACGAGGGAGCCAGUGGAGAUGACACCCUACCAGGCCUCGGACAUGGGUGGUAUGUGGCUGCUGACACCUUGCUGGUUGCUGUGGCCAUUUGUAUCACAGUGCUGCUGAGCUGCUGUUGCUCUAUCCUGCUGGUGGUGAGCUGGAGGGGUCAAAGAAAGAGGAUGGGACGCUACAGUACAUCAUGGAGAGGGAAACGAGGCUCCAUGCGUCUGAUAAAAUACGUGCUGGUCAAGGAGAGCUCCUGAAAGUGAGGAUAUUUUGUAACAUUGUUGAGGAAGAAAUCCAAAAUGAAAGGACAAUUUACUUAGAAUGUAUAUGAUUACAUAAAGGAUUAUUUUAGGUUAAAGUAUUUUGUUUUAUUCUAACUAGAUGGGGAUGGACAGCUAAGGCAGCUCACCUGUGUUUUCCAGUUCUAUAAAAGCUGGCCCAGAUAAACUGCUUAAUCUCUUUCUGCCACUCCGACAGGUCUCAACCUAUUUGUGAUGUUUAUCUGUUGGUUAGAUUAUGUUAAUUAAAUUAUUUUUUAUUUCUGUAAACCUUUUGUGUGGACUUGCUCCUUAUCACCUAAUUUGUGCCAAUUUGUCAUAAAUGGGGGCUUGUCCGGGAUAUUGAAACCUGUUGGUAAGAUUAAAGUGUAUGCAGUGUUGAUGGCUAACUUUAACCUAUGGUUUGAUAAAUGCUUAGCCUAGUUUGGAUAUUUAACACUGUGACCAAAGUUUUAGGGACUUCCACACAUGAAUUAGAUUAAUUAAUUACAUAUAUUAAUUAAUUUUGAGUUAUUUUUUAGGCGAUUAGCAGGAUUAAUCCCUAUUUUUUUUUAAUUGGUCUUCAAACCAAAUGUCUUUAUCUUUUUGAGUGAGUCUAACCACAUGUGUAAGAGCCAUGCAUCCCAUCAGAUUAAACUGGCUUAUUAGGAGACCAACCAAGUUUUUUUUUUUUU